CAAUGUCAAAAAAUUUUGGAUUUGGAAGUGUGAUGUAUUUUUGACGUCUACGCGAAAUUUCGACGAAUCUUGAUGCUGUGCUAAAAUAUUAAAGUAUAUAUUCUUUUGAGUGUUUAAUACAAUAAACAAAUACAAAUAUGGCCCUUUCCACCUUGCUUCGUACGCCAGUAUUGGCCGGCCGUGUCUUUACGCAACAAGUUUUUAAAUAUGGGUCUCUGAGCUGCUUGCAGCGACCCCUCGUCAGUAUGGUGCCAAGUAUGGCGCCCGUCAGCCAACAUGCAUUCAAGGAAGUCACCCACACACCUAUUAUUAACUCGGUGCGAUCUUUCCGUACAUCACCCGUGAGGCUUUCGGUCGAUAAGCCCCACGAUCACUCGAAACUGUGGGUGAUAGAGAAAACUGUAGCUGCUCUCAUGAUACCUAUGCUGCCUUUGGGCUUGAUGAUGCCAAACAAGAUCUUUGAUUCCGUCAUUGCUAUCCUCAUUUGUGCACAUUCAUUUUGGGGUCUGGAAGCGAUCGCCAUAGAUUACGUCCGCGCCAGUGUCGUGGGUCCCAUCCUGCCCAAAAUUGCCCUCGGGCUCGUAUACCUUAUCUCCAUAGCCAUGCUUGGCGGGCUCUUCUACAUCAUCGGCCAUGACGACGGCCUCGCGAACACCGUCAAACAAAUCUGGGCCAUCAAGUCUGACCGCCAAAAAUCAUAAAUGCGGUAAAAUAUAUGUUCACCUAGUAUUAGGAUUAGCUGAAGCUUUUAGCUCUAACUUUAACCUAAGAAUUUGAUAUCCACAUAGGUUUCAAUAAGGUUAUGAUUAUGAAAAUGAUAACUUCAAUAAGUAACGUUGUUGAUAUAUUUGUAAUUAGGUUAUUGUUACCGUUUAAAUGUGACAGCUGGCCGAUUAACUGUAGGAUCUUAUAGUUUGUGAAUAUUCGCGAGGUCCGUGGCUCGAGGAGAUUGCUCGAUUAUCUACCUGGCAAUGCUAUGGAUCAAUGAGUUAUAGCAACUCUGCAGGAAUAUAAACUCUGCAAUGUAAUGUGAUUAAUCGUUCACUUAAUUUUGAAAAUGUAACUUUUUUAUUACAUAAAUGAACGAGUGAAUGGUUGAAAUUAAUUCUGAAUUUGCAAAGUCUGACUGCAGAGUGGUGCGAAAAUGCAUUUGUUGUUGGGAUGUUAUAAAAACGAGGACAUUCUGAUUUCGGUUGGUUUUUAUUUUGAGUGAUGCUCAAAAAAUAUUUUGUCUUUUACGUAGUAAAAUGAUUUACAGAUUGCAGAGUGCUUGUAAUGUAAUUACUGGUACAUUGUGAUGUCUUUUAUUAAUAUUUUAAGUUGUUAAAGUUAAGAUUCCUGGUUUUUAUAACAUCCUCACGACUCGUAUUAGGUACUUAAUAGCACAAGAUCAUGAAAUUUCGUCGUUUAUCGAGUUAUUAUUUAUUAUUUUUACCAUUUAAUCAUUUGUUCUAAAUUGUAAAUGUGCUAUGUGGUUUAUUAUUAGAAUAAAUGAUAGUUGGAAA